AUGUCUUUUUCCAGUAUUACCGUGUUCUCCUGUUCUACCGUCCGAAAGGAGUCGAAUCCAAAUAUUAUCAUUCUAUUCAUUGGUGAAUCAGGCUCAGGCAAAUCAACUUGUAUAAAUUAUUUUGCCAAUUAUUUUACCAAUUCUUCAUUUGAUGAAGAAGAUCAUUAUUCAAAUAUGAAAAUUGUUAUACCAAACAGUCUAUUUCCUGAGCCGAAUUUUCCUGAGGGACACCAUCGACAUUGUGAGCGUAAUGUACAUGAUACUAGUAUGAGUCAAACGCAAGAAUGUACUGCUUAUGAUUUUCGAUGGAAUGGGCAAUGUAUCAAAAUUAUAGAUACACCUGGUUUUAAUGAUACAGAUUCCCAUAAAGAUGAUCAAAAUAUUCAGAAAAUCUUGACACAAGCUUCACAAGUUCCAUUCAUUAAUGCUAUUGUAAUCACGAUCAAUGGCACAAAUGUUCGUUUAUCAACAUCCAUCAAAACAACAUUGAGUCAACUGCGUAGUUCAUUACCAGAUAAAAUUUUUAAAAAUUUAUUUUUUAUCUUCACAAAUUGUACUGAAGAAACUAGAAACUUUGAUUUAUCCCUGAUUUCUGAAUUCAAACCAUCAGAAGAACGAACAUUUCAUAUGCAAAAUGCAUUGUUUUCCAUCAAAGAUAAGUCGUUACUUCAAAACACAAAAUCAGUACGAAAAAUGACACAAACAUGGAAGGAGUCGGUAGAAACAAUGGGCGAAAUAAUGCAUGAAAUAAAUCAAACAUCGGCUACAUCGGUACAAGUAUUUAAUGAUAUGAGAAUUCGACGAGAACAACUGAUUGUACACAAGGAGAAUUUGAUUGAAAAACAAAAGUCUUUGUUAAAUAUCAUGAAUACAUUGCAAAUUGAAAAAGAGCGUUUGAAAAAUGCCUCUGAAGAUCAACAAGCAAACAAAAAUUUCACGGAAUCAAAACGUAUCAGCGUUAUUGAUAUAGAAAAAAAAUCAUAUUAUAGUACAAUUUGUCUGAGACAUGGUAAAGUACAAGUAUGCCAUGAGAACUGUUCGUUAUCAUAUGAGCCCAAGUUGAAUUUGCAUCAUUUUCAACAAUGUGCUGCUGCAAAUGGAUCAAAUUGCCGACAUUGUGCGUGUGGAAUGAAUGACCAUUUACAUUCUUACGAAAUUCCAGUAUCACGACUAAAAACGGUUGAAGAAAUCAUUCAAAGUAAAAAGGCUGCUUUUGAACAAGCCAAUAGAAAUAUAAAAAGUAGUAGCGAUAGAGUUGUUCUCUUAGAGCGUGUUCGAGAUGCUUGUCAGUAUGAGGUUAAUGAUAUUAAAGAUGGCUUGUUGACGACAAUAAAGGAGUUGAAACAAAUUUGUUCACACUUCAAUUUUCACGAUGAAAUGAAUGGUACAAUACAAAAGUUAAGAAAAGAAGCUAAAAUUGCAACAGACUUUAAAGCAAAGCAAGAAUUCACUCGAACAGCCAAUGCCAUUGAACAUUUUAUCAAUCGAAUUUAA